AUAAGGGGCCCUGGUCUUCGAUUGCUGGCGAUGACACUGCUUCUGGAUCAGAGAGUGACACAUACUUUAUGCCGCCCGCCAUCUUACAUAAACAAAGGCAAAAAGGGAGGGUAAAAGAAAAAGAGUCAAUGUGCGCCAUGAUUCAGACGAUUAAUGUGCCUGAUAUCUCAUUGUUCUCAACCUUAUUUGUCCUUGCCAAAUGGACAUCUCCCUUUCUUUUUUAUCUUUUCUUGCAUAAUAAGACCAUCGAAGCUCCUCUUUCUACCUUUUCGUAAAGUUUGUAUCUGUUGCGAUAUUUUCAUUAGUGCAAGAUGUUUUUCUAUCUACCUAACGGAAUGCUGACCACCUGUUCGACGGCCACCACCGACUUUUUUUGCGAUCAACCGCAUUCAUUCCCAAUCAGCAUUGAUCCCGCGUUACUCCUGUCAACAAACGAACGGUAUCGUGAUGGCUCCGCGUACGGCAGCGCGCUCCAAGUGGCCAAUUUAUUCUAUCCCUCGAAUCCAAUGCGUCAUCGAGACCACCCGGAAGAUGUCAACGCGUUGUCGUCAAAUACCGUGGAACUGAAUACCAUGGUUAUCCGGACACUUGCUGAAGCCCUGGCACUUGUUGCUCAACAAGCCGUAUCGAUUGAUCUCCUUCCACCCACGCCGCCUGAACAAACCGACGCCGACAUGACCCACAUCAAUGAAUCGUACCUGACUAGUGACUGCAAGGAAACCCAAGAAAAGGAACAAACACAAGGACCUCACUAUCGUACUGCAAGCUCAGAUCAAGAAUGGCACUUGGCGGAAGAAAUCAAUUACACAAAGGAAGGCAGCUGUGGGGAAGAAAACAAUGGCACUGUCGAUGACGAUUUUUCAAGCGUGGAAGCGACCGUUGAUACAGACGACGAGUAUGUUCCUGACGACAGCCUCCCUGAUGACAGCGAUGAUGAUGAUUCCGUGAGUGCGUCCAGCAGCUACAGUAUAGGUAUCAAGCGCCGAUUACGCCAGCAGUCCCCCGGCCGUCGUGGAAGCAAGGCAUCCGGCUUUAGCGAGUACAUCAAGACGCCUUCGCCGGCGGUGAAGCAAACCGCUACUUCGUACGAUCCGGCCACCACACAAUAUUUGAAAUCCAUCUUUUUCACCGAAUACAGUAGAAGGCCCAAACUCACCAAAGCGCAGCGACAAGAGAUCCAGAAACAUACCAAGUUGUCUUCGCGUAAAAUCACUUACUGGUUCUCCAACCACAAGCGCCGAUUCCAAGGAGCACUGAAAGUGUUCAAAUCGCUUGUCGACGACACCACCAACAAUGUUAAAACCUAUGAAGAGUUUUUGCAAUGGCGUCGAGACAGGAAUCUUCCCCUGGAAAUCACUCAAGAAGAAAUACGCAAAUUGGAUGUCUAAUCUGGCUUAAUUUCUUCUCUUUGAUUUUAGUCCAUCUGAACUUUUUUUCCAGCCUUUUAUCAUGUUCUUCCCUCCUUUUUUUUCCUUCUUCUUUAUCUGUCAAUGCGAAUUAUUUUUCUAUCAUG